CUGGUAAUCGAUAUCGAGUUGAUGAUAAACAAAACAGUUUCUUGCACAAGCAUGAAUUAAUCGUAAGUUUUUCUUAAUUUUGUCAUUAGCGACGUAUAUUUUGGAUAUUUCUGCAAAUAAACUCUGCACUUAUGCAUGAUAUUUUUACGGGCUUAAAAUGUGGAGCAAGUCAUUAUAAUGAUGUGUUUAUAAUUCAUAUCUAAUGCAACAGCUGGUCCCUUUGUUCUUCGAGUCACCUUUGUGAGUUUCUAUUUUCAAUUGGAACGCGAUAUGUAAUGCUUGAUGUAGUCUAAUGUUUAACUCAUGGGUUUGACUGUAACCAAGUUUCGUCAAGCUCUCGAACGUGGUGCUGAAAAUGAGGCUAUGGACUUAUUUGUUCGCCAUCAAAACUUAAAACGAGCUGUAAGAGUGAAUCGAUCAUUUGGUUCAAAACAUGGCGAGAACACUGCAUUACAUUACGUUUGUGCGUACGGAAUGGAGUCUCUUCUUCAAGACUUACUCGCAGAAGGGGCAAAUCCACUGUCAAAAAAUGUUAACGGACAAACGGCGUUCCAUUUAGUAAACGAGUCAGACGGGAGAGAUGCUCUCAAAAGAUUGAAAUGUUUAAAGCUUAUGUUGACAUGGUUAAGGGAGAACGAGGGAAAUGAACCAGUGUCGAAGUUGAGUAUUGAGAAAAUCGUUGAUAAGAACAAAAACUCACCUUUGCAUUAUGCUGCAAAUUCUGGAUUAUUGGAAUGUGUAAAGGAGUUGGUGUCCAAUGGCUCUCCAUUGUACAUAGAGAACAAAAAUGGCCAAACUGCCUGUGACAUUGCUGUAAAGAAAAACUUCCGAGAAAUAGCUGCAUUCCUUGAAUCAAAAAUGGUCUUUAAUGAAUCUACUGGUUUGGAAGAUGAAGAAAUAAUUGUAGUUGAAGAUAAAUUUCAAAGUGGUCUUGGAGAGAAGGAGUUACAGGAAACAAAGGACAAUUUAUUAGUUCAGACUGCAGACAUGUUGCAGGUAUCACUAUUCAUGGCAGAAGGACUACUUCGAUAUUUUGACUGGUCACGUGAAGCUUUACUUCAAGCCUGGAUAGACGAUCCUAUAUCAGCGUGUGAAGCAGCUGGAGUGACGUCAUCAUCACAGUCAGAAACUCAGACAGUUCAUUAUGAAGAAGAAGAGAACGUUAAUACAAAGUUGGAAUGCUCCAUUUGCUGCGAUUCCUACAAUGUUGAUAUGUUUUCCGUCUCUUUAUCUUGUGCGCAUAGAUUUUGUAUCAAUUGUUGGAAAAGUUAUUUGGGUCAAAAAAUUACCGAUGGGGAUAUAUCCAAUAUCAAAUGCCCAGCAACUGAUUGCGUCUGCCUUGUGCCUGUCGAGGUUAUUGAGAGUGUUGUUCCAAAGGAUGUUGCCAACAAAUUUGGGAGAUUUAACAUCAAGGCUUUUGUAGAUUCAAAUCCCUAUUUAAAAUGGUGUCCUUUCCCGGAAUGCGGCAAGGCGGUUCAAUUGCCAGAAAAUCAAAUGUCAGCAUACCGUAUGGGUGGCGGAGCCUCAGCUGAAACUGAAAGUCUCACUGUAAACUGUGGUGAUGAACAUUACUUUUGUUGGCAUUGCAUGGAAGAGUCACACGAACCAGCUACGUGUGAAGGAUGGAAACGAUGGCUUUGUGUAAUAAAGGAUAUAUUACCAACACUUCCUAAAGAAGAUUUGAAAGAAUGCCCAGAAACGGAGAGAGUAGCAAACAGUCUGUGGUUGAUUACAAACUCAAAACCAUGCCCUAAGUGUGCUUCACCUAUUCAGAAGAAUGAGGGCUGUAAUCAUAUCAAAUGUACUAAGUGUAAGCACGAAUUUUGUUGGGUGUGUUUGGAAUCGUGGAAGAAACACAAUUCGUCUACUGGUGGAUAUUUCAGAUGCAACCGUUAUGAAGUGGUGAAAGCUAUAAAGGAAAGAGUUUUAGAAAAAGCACAAAGUAUCAAUGAUGAACAUAAAAAGGUUGAAAAACUGAAUCAUUUCCUGCACUAUUAUUCGCGUUUCAAAAACCACGAAAACAGUUAUAAGCUUGAAGAGCCGCUUCUGAAAUCAGCUAAAGACAAAAUGGUUGCACUUGUAGUUGCAGCAGAAUCAGUUUCUGGGCAAUCAUCACUGUCUUCAUCGUUAUCGACAUCGCAAGUAGAUACGAGUUUCGUUGAAGACGCUAUCAGGAAAUUAUUAAAAGCUAGAAGAGUCUUGCGAGCAUCUUACGGUUAUGGCUUUUUCUUGGGAGCAAACCAGCAAAAAAAGAUUAUCUUUGAAUUAAUGCAGACAGAGCUUGAAGAAGCGACUGAGAAUCUUUCUCAGAUGGUGGCACGACCAUACCUUCGCACACCACGUGCAAAAAUCAUCAGCGCAGCUCAGUUGACACACAGGAAACGAGAAGAUCUUCUUUUGGCUUUAUCGCGUGGCCUUCUUCCACCUGAUGAUUCACCUAGGGCCAAACGAGCUCGCAAUAAUUACUUAAGAAGGUAUAACGCUGUGUGGCAAGAUGAUUCUGACGAAGAGUUUCUUUUCGAAGAGGAACCGACUUUGCAGUUACAGAGACUGAUUGAGACCACAUUGAAUUUAAAGAACGAACCUGAUGAAGACGGUGAAAGAAGAAGGGAACGUAGAAGAAGACGACACCGUCAUCGUAGUGAGACUUUGGAAUAUCUCAAUGCCAAUGAUGAAGGCAGUAGCACAGAUCUUGAGCAAAGGAGACUUGGAAAGAGUCGGAUGUUGUUGGCACAAGAAUCUGCUGAUUUGCAAAAGGCAAUUGAGCUGUCAUAUUAUGAUAUGAAAUCAAGUAAUCAUACACAAGGUGAGCACACUUCAAAUGAAGUGGAUGCAGAUUUACAAUUGGUGCUACAACUGUAUGGCCAAGAAACAAGUGAAUAGAUUAUAAUGCACUGUAAAAUAAUUAUCAUAGAGAAUAAUUUAUGUUGAAAUGGUAUUUUCAAUUGGGUGUUGCAAAUUUGGUAUUGAAUUGACUAAAAUUUCAAUUGUAUGCACUUUCAUGCAAACUAUAUAGAAAAAUUGUUGUAUUUCAAUAAUACAUUAUUACACAAUGGCUAUAAUUAGUAAGAUAUGACAUUGUUACAUUGAAAUACAUCACAUGUGAGCUAAGAAUUCGCUAGUCUCUAAUUGGUAUGCUUAAUAAAUUACCUUAUAAAACAAAAAUUAACAUGUAUAAACUAUACAUCCACUUUGCUUCAUUUGAAGGCAUUUAUGAAUUAAAUAUCAAGGCCAUGACUUAUCUGUCAUGUAAGAUUUAAUGUUUCGAGAAAUUGAAAUGGUGUCAUGUAUAAGUAGAAAUUAAAGGUGAAAAAUAACGACUA